AUGUCUGAGUUGCGGAAAAUUGAUUUAAGUUGGAAUAAUUUUUUGGGAGGCAUUCCUUCUAAUAUGUGCAAUGGACUUCCAAAUUUACAAUUUUUGGCUCUUCAAGGCAACAAAUUAUUUGGAUCUAUACCAGCUGGUUGGACACAAUACAAGGAGCUCAAAAGGAUAGUAUUACAUGACAACUUAUUCACAGGUCAUAUACCCAAGAGUAUUGGAAAUUUGACCAUGCUUCGAGGGUUAAAUGCGGGUUCCAAUAACUUGGAAGUUGAAAAUGUAUCCUCAAGUAUUGGAAACUUAAAUGCUCUUAUAUCACUGGACUUGUCAAGAAAUCAUAUUUCAAACAAUAUUCAAACAGCUUUGGGUGGACUAAAGAACUUGCAAGAUCUCUCCUUAGCACAUAACAAUUUGCAAGGAAACAUUCCAAAAUCAUUUGGAAAUACGCUGAGCUUAGUAAAUUUGGACCUUUCUGGGAAUAAUUUAUCUGGUGAGAUCCCCAAAUCCUUGGAGUCACUUACUUAUCUUGAGUGUAUCAACCUCUCUUACAACAAACUACAAGGAGAGAUUCCAAGUGGUGGAGUUUUUGCAAAUUUGACUGCUAAAUCUUUCAUCAUGAAUGAAGCUCUUUGUGGCCAUCCACAACUAAAAGUGCCUCGCUGUGAAAAAGGAAGAAGAAAAUGUUCAUGGGCAAAAUCACUUUUAAUAAAACGCAUAUUACCCAUGGUUGUGUCAAUAAUUUUAAUUGUCUUGGGCAUUAUUCUUGUAAGACAAAGAUGA